AUGCCCGCAAAAUCGCGAUUCACGAGGCUCGACGCCUUCGCCAAGACCGUCGAGGAUGCGCGCAUUCGCACCAACUCCGGCGGCGUCAUUACUAUAGCUUCCUUGUUGGUAGUGUUGUGGCUUGUCUGGGGAGAAUGGGCAGAUUAUCGCCGGGUGGUUGUCCAGCCCGAACUCAUCGUGGAUAAGUCGAGAGGAGAAAGGAUGGAAAUCCAUUUGAAUAUGACCUUCCCUCGACUACCUUGUGAAUUGUUGACCCUGGACGUUAUGGAUGUGUCCGGCGAGAUGCAGGUCGGCGUGGCACAUGGCGUGAACAAAGUCCGCCUUGCCCCGGCUGCGGAAGGAGGUCGAGUGAUUGAUGUUCAGGCUCUUGACCUGCACUCUCCAGCCGAUGCCGCCGCGCAUCUGGCCCCGGACUACUGUGGUGAGUGUUAUGGAGCCGAUGCGCCCCCCAAUGCGAUCAAAGCCGGCUGCUGUAGCACCUGUGACGAAGUGCGCGAGGCAUACGCAAAUAAGCAAUGGGCAUUCGGCAUUGGCGAGAACGUAGAGCAGUGCACUCGCGAGGGAUACGGCGAGAAGCUCUUGGCCCAACGGCGCGAGGGCUGCCGCAUCGAGGGUGUUCUCCGAGUCAACAAGGUGGUGGGCAACUUCCACAUUGCCCCGGGUCGCAGCUACACGAGCGGAAACAUGCAUGCCCACGAUAUGGACAACUACUUCAUGCGGGAUUCGCCCUCGCCCGAACAGCACACCAUGACCCACGAGAUUCACGAGCUUCGAUUCGGCCCUCAACUCCCCGCUGAGCUCGCGGAUCGCUGGCAGUGGACUGAUCACCACCACACCAACCCGCUCGACGAUACCAAGCAGUCAACCGAGGAGCCCGCCUUCAACUUUAUGUACUUCAUCAAGGUUGUCUCGACUUCUUACCUGCCCCUGGGCUGGGACCCGACCUUCUCCUCUGCAAUCCACAGCGCCUAUGAUAAGGCGCCUCUUGGCUCGCACGGUCUCGCCUACGGCUCCCAGGGUAGCAUCGAAGCCCACCAGUACUCUGUGACCUCGCACAAGCGCCCCCUCGUUGGCGGCGAUGACGCUGCUGAGGGCCACAAGGAGCGCAUGCACGCUGCGGGCGGUAUCCCCGGCGUCUUCUUCAACUACGAUAUCUCCCCCAUGAAGGUUAUCAACCGCGAGACCCGGCCCAAGACCUUCACCGGCUUCCUGACCGGAGUUUGUGCCAUCAUCGGUGGUACUCUGACAGUGGCAGCAGCUCUGGACCGUGGCCUCUACGAGGGUGGUAUGCGUAUUAAGAAGUUGCACUCCAACUAA